GCCUUUUUUCACCAUAAGUUCGCACUGGAGAGGACAUACGUGAGUGGGUUGUUGUCACUGAAAACCGUGAAUGUUGGGGCGUUAUAUAGAUAGUCUCUGAAUCUCUCUGUCACUGACCACCUGAGAGCAAGGAACUCUAACUUUCCAGAGUGUAAGUGGUAGUUACGUUCCGACGUAGUAAGCGUUCGUGAGCCAUAUGCUAUUACGCGGAGCUUUUCAUCUUGCUUAUGGUAUAGCACAGCACCUAAACCUUGGUUUAAAGCAUCAAUUUGCAGAAUGAAUGGUAGUGAAAAGUCUGGGAAGCCGAGGACAGGUUGUUCGACCAGAUAGUUGAUUAAUUGCUCCAAAACUGCUUGGUGCUCCGCUGUCCAUGUUAUUGGCUGGUUUGAGGGUAAUCCACUGUUCUUGUGUUUGUUCUGUCUUGAUGUCUUACAUGUGUUUUCUUCCCCUGGAGUACCUUUAAGCAAGUCAUUUAUUGGUCCAGCAAUCCUUGAAAAAUCUUUAAUAUAUUGCCGGUAAAAACUUAAAAGGCCAGUCAUAGUUCGCAGCUGUCCAACAGUGCUGGGUCUCUUCUUCUUUAAGGCUUGCACAGCUUCUGUAUCAGCUGGAUCCACUUUGCUGCCUUCAGCAGAGACAAUCCUUCCAAAAUAGCGAACUUCCCUCUUGAACAGGACACACUUGCUUGGUUUUAACUUGAUUCCAUUCUGUCGAAGCUGUUGUAAUACUUUUUUCACAUGGUGGACGUGGUCUUCGAAACAUUUGCUGUAAACCAAGACAUCAUCAAGGUAUGGGACACAUAUUUCCUCUCUUAAGUUUUCCAGGCACUGCUCCAUGCAACUCUGAAAGGUGGCUGGGGCAUUCAUUAAUACAAAUGGAAUUUGUAUCCAUUCAUAUAGCCCCCACGGAGUUACAAAUGCUGUCAAGGACCUACUUUUCUUUGCCAUAAACCCUUGAUGAUAUGCUUGGCCCUGAUCUAAUAAGGAGAACCACGAGGUUCCACCUAAGUUACCAAGGAUAUCUUGCACCCGCGGAAUGGGCUGGCGAUCUGGAUUCACUCAGAUGACUCAGGUCAACUGGAGGGUCCCAAGCAUCAUUGACUGCUGCACACUGUUGGCCUCCUGCAUCGAUGUGGUAGAGGUGAACAAGGAACAUGGUAUAGCGGAUUCACAGUUUUCCAAACCCUGCUCCCGCUACUCCUGUAGCUGACACGCUGUGCUGUUCACCACCUGGACACACAGCACAUUCACAGAGCAGGACAGAGACAGUAACAGUGUGUAGCAGAACAGGAGCUUUAAUAUCUUUCUAAAGUUGAAUUGGUGUGGACAUCUGUGAGUGUGACCUUAGGAUGAAGAUCGUCAUCAUCAUCUUCACCUUCUGCCUGAUCUCAGAUGGAGGAGCAUCCAAGGAAGUAACAGGAUAUUUAGGAGGUGAAGUUCUAAUCAAGUGCAAGUAUAAUACAGAAUACACACAAAACCCAAAAUAUUUCUGUAAGGGUUCAUCGCCAGGCUGUUCUGAUCUAAUAAAGACAGGAGAUAAAAACAUGUGGGUAAAUUCAGGACAAUUCUCACUGUUUGAUGACACCAAAUCAGCAGAGAUCAGCGUGAUGAUCAGAGAGCUCACUGUAGAGGACACUGGGAUGUAUCAGUGUGGAGUUGAUAUAUCUUUGGGAAACGACAUUUACACAACAGUGGAACUAAAAGUAAAGGAAGAUUUGUCCUAUGAGAAGUCCAUCAGUAAGACUGUCCAUGUAGGAGGAGAUUUGAACAUCAGCUGUAAAUACCCACAAUUCCACAGGGAUCAGGCCAAGUUUCUCUGCAAGAGGCUGCAACCUGCUGCUUGUGUUUAUAAUGAAUCUGUUACAGAAAGUAGAAAAGAUGUAAAUGUGGGGAAAUUCUCCCUGUAUGAUGACAGAACAGAACAAAUCCUGACUGUGAGUAUUAGAAAUGUAACUGAGCAGGACUCUGGUGAAUACUGGUGUGGAGCUGAAGCAGCCUGGACAUCUGAUCAUGGAUACAAGGUUUAUUUUACACGGAUCAGACUGACAGUCACUGGAUUUUCAGCUUCCACUGUGAUCACUGUGUCUGUAAUUUUGCUUUUGAUUGGAAUUUCAAUCCCUUUUGUGAUUUUACAAAAGAGAUGCAAUAUACAAGCAGGUUCUAUUUGUACUACAGCUUCAUUUUGUAGUCGUUCUGACCAAGAUUCAGGAAAUGACAAAACGGUUCCUCUUGCAGUGUGUGACUAUGAGGGGGAGAAAUCUGCUGAAGGUCUGAUGUACACAACAGUGAUGAUGUACAGCAAUUCCACCAGCUCUAAUAAUGCGGUUAUAAGCAUUAAAGAUGAGGACUCAUGUGAAUAUACUUCAGUCAGUUACACUGCUUUAUGUGGAUAAAUUAUUGGAUGGGAUUAGGUCACGUCUUUUUCUUCUUACCCCAAAAUCAUGACUGUUACAUGUAGAAACACAAAAUCUUCAAUGAAAUGCAGUGAAUACACAGAAAAAUGAGUUAUGUAGUCAAUAAAUACAGCAUUUGACAAAAUGUUUGCUUCUCUGUAUUAUUAAAAAAGCUUCAAGUCCAGAGUUCCUGCCAUCUUAGAUUGUGUGUCAAAUCUUUAUGAAUGUUUCUGUUCCUGAAUACAGGAAUACCAGAAUAAAACAUAGAUGACAUAUCAGAUG